GGCGGCACAGUUCGUGAGAGAGCUGCUCAGAGCGAGGCUCGGGGCCCCCAAGUGUCGUCGGUCGGAGACGAGACGCGGCCUCGCCAUUGCUUGUGUUUCCCCCGUGUGCCUGCCUGGGAGGACGGGGAGUGUUGUUAUGAAGCUGUAGAAUGAGGAGGUCGUAGGAUGUGGACCUGAUUAUUCGGAAGAUGAGUGCGCACCAGUACCUGUGAUAAAUUGAGUGCGUGCAAAAUGGCAGCCUCUUCAUAAUGACGUUACAUGAAAGUGCGAUUGGGUUCGAGUGCGUUUCUCUCGGUCUCGGGCUCGUGCGACUGGCGCUGUCAUCCUUGUGAACAGCUGCCUUGCCUCGGUGCUGCUGUGAGCAGUGGUUUCCCCCUUUUGGAUUACUCGUCACGUCGGCCAGGAUACUAACAGUGCCAAGGAUGAGUCCGAGGAGCAUCCCAACGGAUAAGGUUAACCUGAAGUUGAUAUUGGUCAGCGGAAAGACAAAAGAAUUCCUAUUUAGUCCAAGUGAAUCUGCUGGAGACAUUGCACAGCAUGUCUUUGACAACUGGCCAGAAGAUUGGGCGGAAGAAGCGGUAGCGAAGGCAGAAAUUUUGCGGCUCAUUUACCAGGGCCGCUUCCUGCACAGCAAUGUGACCCUGGGGGCGCUGGGCUUGCCCUUCGGGAAGACCACAGUCAUGCAUCUUGUACCAAGGGAAAAUCUACCUGAGCCAAACUCACAGGAUCAACGGCAGAAGAGCAAAGGUGGAGGAAGCAGCUGCUGCUCGGCCGCAUGCUGCAUACUGUAAUGAGUGCUCGGGUCGUCCACACCAUGACUGAGAAAGGCUUAAUCUCACUUUGCCUUCAACUACAUUGCAGAACCCGUUUUCAAGUGACGUUCGGGACACUAUAAUCUAAUUUUAAUGAAUUUAAAGUGUUUUUAUGCUCUAGAAAAUAUCUGUGAAGUUACAGGGUUGAAAGGUGAUUCCCCUUUGACCACCUGACCCGUGGUUUGUGUUAUAAUUAUCUGUACCAUUGCUGCGACUGUGAUGAAGUGGAGUUGGAAACAACCAUAAACUUAUUUACACUCCUCUUCGAAUGACAAACCUUUCCCGGUUACCCUUAUGUGACUUGUGCUUGACUGAGUGAGUUCACAUGUUGUGUAUUGUGGAAUAUGCUAGAGUGUGAAUAUUAUACAUACAAAUAGAUGUAUAUAAUAAAAAUAUAAAUAUAUACAUAUAUGUGUGGCUGUGUAUACAAAUGUGUGAGUGUAUACAUACAAUUGUACAAGAUUUAUGUGAAUGUGUAAAAAUUGUGUGAAAGAAAGAGUGUGUGUUGCUUGUAAGAGUAAAUGUUUGUAUAAAGUGUGUUUUCUGGCAGAGUUGUGUGUGAGGAUUGAAGUUUCAGCAGCAUUUUUGUUUUUGUUAUUAUUUGGCAAAUUUAAGUACAAAGAAACCGAAUCUAAUAGUUGAUGUUAUGUAGUGAGGUGCUUUGAUUGUUUGAUAUGAUUAUCCAACUGUCUUCUUCUCUGUAGGGACAGCCACUGAAUGAAUUUGUUAUUUUGCAGUCACAGUCUUGUUUUGCUUUUUUCUUUUCCUUUUUUUUUUGUUACAUAUUGAAAGUUGUGUGGUGCAUUCGGAUCAAUUGAGUCUUCAUUUAUAUCUCUACUGCAAUUGGGCUGUAAUUGCAUGCUGAAUUACUGGCUUGAUCAUAAUCGUUUUAUAGCAAAAAAACAAACCAAAAAAACUUAUAUAAAUUUUUAAAAUGAAAAAAUGGGAACAAACACACCUUUGUUUACAUCCUUUACUUUGCCUUAAUGAAUUUAUUAAUUCGGAUUUAAAGAUUUUGUUGGUCCCAAUGAUUUGUUAACAUUUGUUCUCUUCCAUUCUGUUAUUGUAUUGCCAUUUUAUGAGUUCAUGAAGAGCACCUUCAUUGUGUAAAUUUAAAUGUAUCUUUCAAAUUUACUUGCAGACUUAGGUGUAUUGUUUGCAUUGUUUGCAGACGCAAUAACAUAUUUAUAAUACCUGCUAUAGGCGCAAGUGCUACCGAGAACUUAAAAUGUUUGAUCUAUUAUUCAGUUAUAAAAGUUCAGAGCAUGUAUUAUUCAUAAAAUGUGUUUUUGGAUGUUUUUGAUCAUAAAAUUGUCACUUACUCUGUUGUCUGUCUCAGGGAGGCUUGCUAUUUUCUAGUGUUGUUCUUUACUCUCAUUUGGAACUUAAAUUUAAAGGCAUCACCUGAGCAUCUACUUUGUCAAAUGUUUGUGUUCUAUGGGAUAGAAUGUUUAUCCACCGGGUGGUUUUUGUGGUUUACUUCAUAGAUUUAGAUUCAUCACACCUGUUCUGGUAGAAAUAUUCAGUUUUGAAUUCUUUUGUAAACUUACCCCCUUUCUUAUUUUCCCAACCGUCUCAAUGCGUUCUAAGCUGUUAAUUUUGCCACUCAUUCAUGCAUUCUAUGCCUCUGCGCUUUUGUCAAAUUGUUCACGUUGUAUUUGUGCCUACUCAAACUUAAUUUUUUUCAAACAAUCUCUUCUUACUCUUGUCAAGUCACAAAUAUGUAGCCCAUACCUAUCACAAAAUGCCAAUGAGUGAAUUAUAUAAGUAGAAUGUCAUAUCUCUCAAAUUAGAGAUGUGAUGUUAUCUUAUUUCUGUUGGAAGCCAAAUAAACUCUGGCUAAUAUCUAUAUUUUUCUGAUGUGUGUGAACUUUUUACCUGACGUAACUUUGAAUACUGUACUUGAUACUUCUGUUCCAUACUUAUUUCUGGGUUGAGCCAAGUUCCUGUUGAGUGAUUUACAAUGGAUUUCUGUGAUAGCCUGUAACUAUCAUCCUCUUUUUAUCAGCUUGAAAGGCUUGAGCGCUUUUUAAAGUGCAGUGGUUCCUUGGAAAUAAAAUAAUAGAUACGGCUUGAAAAGAAAUAUUUAUAGAGUGCAACUUGUAUGAUGCUUGUUUCUUGUUUCUUCCAAAUGACUAGUAGUGAUCCUCCUUGUACAAACUAAGCAGAAAAUGGAGAAAGGCUUCACAUCCAAUGUUAUGGUUUGAAAUAAUAAAUUUAACUUCGUAUUACAAUGUAAUGCAUGCACGGUUUCUGAGUGGUGCAUUUUUUAUAUUAGCCAAUGACCUUGAUCUCUUCUAGAAAGUAUGUAAAGAGGCAGUUAGAGCAGAGGGUGUCCAGAGGUAAUUUAUUAUCCUGGGAGAGCGAUGUUAAAAACUUUAUGUCUACCGAAAGACCCACAGCAGUCAAAACUCAUGCUCUCCUUUCGCAUCGUAUGAAUCUUCUAUUUUUUGUUACUGUACCAAGUUUGUUUCUCCUGCACACGCACUUUGCAAAUGCAGUGGGUAGGAAACAGUUCAAAUUUGAGUUCUCCUGAAUUUUCUGUCAUUAAGUCUUGCCAGUAAAGAAAGUAGGAUGUACAUUAUACUUUGUAAACUUAGUUUCUCACAAGAACUUCCACCUCAAAGUGGCAUUGCUAUGAAACCCAAGAAGAACUGUGGCAACCUGUAAAUUUUUAAAUUAUUCAUCAUGUAAAUAACAGAUUUUGCUCAUGUAUACCUUGAGUUAUGAACAUUUUCUAGAUGCCCAAGCUUUAAAAUGUUAAGAAUCAUUUGAUUCAUAAAUUCUCAGUGGUAUUAACCGUCUUAGUGGCCUAUUCAAUUAAAUUUCAUGUGUGUACAAAUGCUCCUUUCUCCUUUUUGUUGUUAAUGAAAGGGAACUUUGUUGCAUAGGAGGCAACUACAGAAAAGUGUUCAUACAAACUAAAUCCUAGUGUAUAAAGUAUUUAAAGAAGCAGAUUAUAUUGUCAGUUAAUCGUGUGCAGUCUUUCUUUUUAAAACCCUGGAUAAUGUUAUCAUUUUUUUACAGUAUUGCUUUACCACAGACUCCCCCCUCCCUUUGAAUUAGUUUUUUUUUUCCUAGUAACUAUUCUUGAUAGAAUUCUUGUUUUUCCCAUUUAGGUGAAGUCCCUUCAGCCACUAUAUGAUUUGUACACAUGAAUUCAUUUGAAAAACUAUAGCCAGUUUUUGAAAGCAUCUUGAAGUUGAAGCCAAGAUAUUCUUUAGAAUGUGCCAAAAUGCCUUGGUAGGCUACAACUAUCUUUAUGCACAAAAUAUGCUUCACAUUCACAAUACUAAUUGUUGACAGUUAGCACAAGCACUCUUCGGUACUUUGAAAAGCAUACCGAUAAUGCACACGCUUCUCUCCGAUAACUAUUCAAAAUCAAUCUACAAUCAAGCCUGGCUCAAAAUAAUGUCUGCCCGUAGUUUGCGUGGAAUUAUGACCAGUGAAAAAAGAAUACAGCAGAAGUUCUGUAUGCUGUCUGCAACAAUAUCUAUGUAGUCUUGCUCUCCAACAUCACAAUGUCUGCUGUCAUGUUUUGAAUCAUGUGUGACUGAUGAGAAUGAUAGUUUUAUUUUUAACAGAAUGUCCAUAAGAAUAUUAUACGUUUUGUUUGAUUGUAAAUAAUAGGAAUAAUAUACCAUCAAAUUUCUGUUGCAUAUGUAAUUUAAUUACUCCAGGAUUUAUUCUCCCGAGAUGAGUAGCAAGUGAUCUAGAAUAAAGUUGAUCAUUCAAAGAAUGUA